UUUUACCGCACAGCCGAAGACGGCACGAGGCGGGCGCGAAGUGCGUCUUCGGGGUGUUCGGUGUCUUGCGGCGGCCAUGUUGAAAUGUGCGCAGGGGAAGGGGGAGGUGCAUUAAGAAUUCGUGAAGAAAAAGAGGAGAGAGACAAGAAAAAAGUGAUAAAAUGACGAGUGAGAGAAUUAAAGACAAUUCUAAAUCAAGUGUAUUGCUAAAAUGUUUCACAUAAUCUCGUUAUGAAUGAAUUAGACUCGCGUGUGUGCUUCGAUGCGUUAUCAACAUUGCAAAAUUUACAAAUGGUUGAAAACGUUUGCAAUGUCUGCGGCGCAUCACAUUUCACCCAAAACUGUCCGGACGUCUCGAAGGGGGAGCAUUUUCCUCCAUUUCCAUGGACGACCGACGGCCAGAUUCAGGACACACCGCAUCAGAACAUGUCGCGCUCCUCCAUUCCCAACGGGCUGCACAUCAUCGAGACUGGGGAGAGUCUCUGUGUUGUGACGUCCCAGAAGUUCGCCAAGGGCACGCGCUUCGGGCCGCUCAUGGCGAAGAAGUCCUACAUCCCCGUGGAAAAUGCCAAAUUCCCACUGAUUGUGUUCGGGAGUCCAUUGCUGGACUCCAAUGAUGCCGAGAUCGAGGAACUGUUCAAGAUACGCAAUGCGUACUUGGACACGAGGAACGAGAACUACUGCAACUGGAUGAUCCACGUCAGUCCGGCGCAGUAUUCCAACGAGCAGAACCUCAUUUGUUACCAGCUGUACGAUCAGAUCUUCUACACGGCCAUCGUGGACAUCGAGGUGGGUGACAUCCUGAAGGUGUGGUAUGCUCCAAAGUAUGCGGCGAAGAUGAAUGUGGAGCUGCUGAAGCCGAGUCCGCAUGAGAUUGUCAACAAUAUUCUGCGGCAGGUGUCAAUUGCCAGCAUGGGAAGUCUCACGGAUGACAAUCUGAACUUCGAGAACAAUGAGUAUCCGGUGUAUGAGGAUAUCACGGAGAAGAACAACUCAGAAAUCUCGCUGCCGCCCAUCAACAGUCUGAUCAAGGCGUCGUCGUAUCAGAACAACAAUUAUCUGUGUUCGGAGCAUCACAUUUACGACAUGGACAAGAAUUAUGAGAUCAGCAGCACGAGUUCCAUUGCACAGAUGGACAGUGCGCAGAAUGCCAACAUGAUGGUGAGUGAUCUCAACUUCAGUCUCGUGCCGGGCUUCGGAGACGGUGACGCAGCGACACCCGGACGGCCGGAUCAGAUGUUUGAGAAGUGGAAGAGUGGCUUUGAGGUGAAGGUGGCGCAUGUGCCGGGAACUGGAAAGCUGGGCAGCAAGAAAGUGUCCAAGUACUUCUGUGAAGUGUGCGAGAAGGAGUACAUGACGCUGGCGAAUAUCAACAAACACAUGCGCUCUCACAAUUUGCACCUCUGCAAUCUCUGUGUGAAGUCCUUCAAGAGCACCAAUGAGUUGCGCGAGCAUGUGUGCCCAAAGGAGAAGGACGUGACGAAUUACUCCAAGUGUCCAGUGUGCUUUAAGAUCCUCUCGAACUCCUGGUCACUGAGUCGUCAUAUGAAGACACACAAGCGCGAUGAGGCUGUCAGUGGUGAGGAGGCAAAGAAAAUGCCCAACACCGAUCCGGACGAAUCAAAUCCCAGCGAUGAGGUUCUGUCCAAGAAUCCCCGCGUGGUGCUCGAGCGCCUGCAGAUCGCCAUGCCGGAUGAUGAGCAAUCGAUUGAUGAUCCCAACAAUUCGCGAUCGUGCGACGAGCGCUCCGUGUCUUCCACUUUAGUGCCAUACUUCGAGGCAGACGACGCCGCCAGGACGGCCGGCAGUGGUGGCGAAAUGAUGGAGCCCUGGGAGCGUGCCGAGGGUGAGUUCUCGUCAUCGAUGGAGGGUGAGGAUGACUUCUCGCCGCACCAGCGAGACAUGCUGGACAUGGACAAGUGUCUUGACACAGGCGCAGCUGGUGUCAAUGGUGCCACGGAGAAGUGUACAGUGUGCGGGAAGCAGUUCAAAAAUCGCACGUAUCUGUACAAGCAUCUCAAGAGUGUUCACACGGCCAAAAUCAUGCGCCCGCCGCUGCAGAAGCCGCCGCCACACAUGCAGCAUCCCGGCGGCUAUCCAAUUGGACCACCGCCGACAGCUGGCAAGCUGGAUCCGGCGCAAAUGCAUCCGAGCACGGACUUCAUGAGCACAGCGUCGCCGGUGAAGCCGGCUAUCGCCAAGGCGCUGGCGUCAAAGCUCACCAGCAAGCAGAAGAAGAAGAAGCUGCCCGAGGAUGAACUGUCCGUGUGUGGCGGCAACUCACCACGAUCACCACUGACGCCGAACUCUGAACUGCUGGCCGGUGACUACAUGGUGCCGUUCUCGAAUGCCAACCAGAUCAACAUCAACACGUCGGGCAACUCAAUCACCAUCAUCAGCAACGUCACGUACUGCAACACGCACGAGGGCGUCGUCAAUCAGCCGCCAACGCAGGGGCCUCAGGCGCCGGCUGCUCAGGUGCCCACCACCUCGCACGCCGGCGGUUUCUACCCGCCGCCAGCCGGAGCGGUGAAAGUGGAGCCGCAAGUGACAAAGGUGGAGCACGUCGAUGGAGUUCUCACGGAGAAAAUCAUGUCGUCUAGUGACGAUCGUUCGACUUCGCCGGCGACAUUUAUCAUCCAGAAGGUGAAGAAGGAAGUUGUGGUGUCCGAAGUGACGCAGAACGAUGAGUUGUCGCACAUUAAGGACAGCGAAUCGCUCUAUCCACCUCCGCCACCACAACAGCAGCCGCCACAGGCGCCAAUGUUGCCCGUGUCUCAGCCACAGAUGCCGCCGAGCAUGGGCAUGCCGACGGCGGCGCCACAAAUGCCGCCCAGCGAUGAAAUGACGGAUUUGCAGGGCGGCGACGACACGGAAGGCACGUUCGACGAGAUGAAGGACGAGGAGGAGCAGAUGGAAUCUCAAGGGAAUAGCAGUGACUCGCCGGAGAACUUGCCGGGCGGCGAGACGCCGACGCACGCCGCCGCCGAUCUGAUGAGCACAGAGGCUCUGACGCCGAAGACGGAGGAGAGUCUGCCGGAGGCGAAGAUAUUCACGUGCGAUGAGUGCAAUAAGACCUUCGCGAAGAGAUCUCAGUUGACGCGCCAUAAGAACAUCCACAAGAACAUCCUGUUCAUCUGUCCGUUCUGUCAGCGAGAGCCGUUCAAGGCACGCAACUCGCUGAAGAACCACCUGAAGACCAAUCACAAGGACAUGCGGGAGAAGUGGGCGGAUCCGGCGUACAUUUCGGCGCAGGUGAUCAAGGAUCCGGACAAGGUGGAGGAGUAUCUGAGGCAGUGGCAUGAGAAGACCAAGUCGGUGAUUGCGGCGGAGAAUCCCAAUGCGGCGGCCAUGAAUGAUCCCGUGUUGAAUCCCAGCACGCCCAAUGCGGCGCCCACGCUGGCGGACAUUAAGAUGCUGAAGAAGAAGAAGAAGAUGCUGAUGAAGGCGGCCGGAGCCGCGGCCAAAAUGGAGCCGGAAAGUACAAAGAUGAUGCCAGAGGUGAAGCUCGAGACGGAGGAGAUGUUCAAUCAGCCGCCGAUGAUGAAGCAACAGCAGCCGCCGCCGCAGAUGAUGCCGCCAGUCAAUCCAGCGGUACAGGGUGGUGUGCCGCCGGGUGGCGGUGGUGGCAUGAUGCCACAACAUCAGCCACAGCACCAGCCGCCGUACCAGCAGCCGCCGCCCCCGAUGCAGCAGCAGCAGCCGCAGCAAUACAACAGCCACGCUUACCAGCAGCAGAACAUGAUGGGCAUGAAUCAUGCCCAGCAAAUGCAUCACCAGCAGCAUCACGCCAUGCAGCAGCCGCAGCAGCACUACGGUGCGCCGGCCGCGGCGCCCGCGGGGCCACCCAUGAUGCACCAGCAGCCGCAGAUGAUGAGUCCGCCGCCCAUGUGCGGCCCCAUGGGCUCAUCGCCCGUGCGCACGAACAUGCAGUCGCCGCCGAUGUCGCCGCAUCCCUCGCAUCACUACUACCCCAUGGCGCCGGCGGGAGGCAUGAACGGCGGCGGGGGACACCAUCCGCCUGGCGGAGGUCGAAUGAUGAACAACUACCCAGUGAAUUCCGUGCAGCCGCAGCCGCAGCAGCAGCAACAGCAGCGCGGUCCGCCGCCUCUGGUGGCCACACAUCAUCCGGGCGGUGUGCAGCCGGCGGCGCAGUACGCGGCACAGCCGAUGGCGCCGUACCAACAGCCGGCGCAGGCGAACAACUGCUACGCGGCGCCGCAGCAGUACAUGAACCACCAUCAGAUGGGUGCGCAGCAGCACGGCGGCUACGACAUGAUGCACGCCAGCAAGCGACCGCGGCUGUACCCGCCGCCAACGCAAGCGCCGCCACAGCAUGGCCACCAGGCGUACGGCGGCAUGAUGAGCGCGCAGCCGAUGCACCACGCGUACAUGCACCACCAGCAGCCGCCGCCCAACCCGCACCAGCCGCCGCCGCAGGCGCCGCAAGCAGGCCAAGUGGUCAGAGGCAAUUUUUCGUAAUGUCCUUAUCCUCUAUGAUUUGUUUAAUUGUUUUAUUUUAAUGUUUUUAACUCGCCUUUGUGUUGAAUUCCUUUUAAAAGAAAAUGUGGCAGAAGAAGUAGAAGAAGAGCAGAAAAGUGUAUCAAAAAGUGAGAGAGAGAGAAAGAAAGAAAGAAAGUCAAGAGUUUAGACGGUGUUGAGUUCAGUUUUUUGGAUGAACCUUUGUCACCCUGUAUUGUCUCGUAUUUUCGUGUCACUUUUGCCAUUUUAUAAUCUAAUAUUUAAAAGAAGAUGAAGAAGAAGAAAAUGAAAAGAAGAGAGAAAAUGUUGAGGAAGAGCAAAUUGAGGAAAAUAUCUUGAUUGCAUAAAUCACAAAAUAUUAUAUCAACUUCUUGUACAACUUUUGUUUAGUCCUUUUCUCCCUCCUGUUUUUCCAUGUUCAUAAAGUGGGAAAGGGAGAGAGAAAGAGUUUUUAAAACAACUACAAAUUAUUAAUAUUACUAUAUUUAUUUAUUGCCUAUUUUAAAAAAAAAGAUGAAGAAAAGAACGGGAAAAAUGAGAACAUAAUGUUAAACAAAAAAAAGCAUGAAAUUCUUUGUCGAUGAUGAAUAUUUUUGUGUAAUAAUCUCCUUGACAAGUUAAUUAAAGAAAGUAUAAAAAGAAAAACACACUCUGAAAAUCACAACACAGAACACAAGAAACAACACAUUUUUUAAGAUUAUAGUGCAGAAUGAGAAGAAAAAAAAUUGAGCAAUCAUUUUAUCGUGAGAGGAGGAAAAGAAGUUAAAAUUUUUACGCUAUGAAUGAGAUGAAAUUUGAGAAGGAAUUAAGAUUACAAAGAGAAAUCACUACUGAUAAGAUUGAAGAGCGAGAGAGAGAGAGAGAGUGAAAACAAGUUUAUAAAACUUUGCUGCUUGCUUUCGAUAACUAUAGUAAGUCGUGAGAAGAGAUAAAAAAAAUUUUAAGGAUAACUAUUUUCUUUCGUUUAAGGAUCAAACUUAGUUUAUCGUUUCUCUUUCUUUUAAAUUUCUACACGCGCGCAUUGAGAUGGAAUUAAACAAAAAAAAUGUGUCUUUCUAGAGAGAUUUCUUCGUUCUCAAUCUAAAAUGUUCCCUUUUUUUUAAAGAAAAAAAAUGCAUCCUUAAUCUUUAUAUAGAUGAAGACUUUUAAUAAUGAUGGUGAGAAAAAAGAUCACAACAAAAAAAAAACAAUGGAAGAUUUAUAUCAAAAUGCAAGAAAAGAGAGAAAAAAAUAUUACAAGUUUUACAAUAUUUCUUAAUCAAAAAAGAAAAGGAAGAACAGUAUGGUGAGGAGAUAAAGAGGAAAAGGCAAUUGAGAGAAUGAAGAGAAAAUCACAAAAUCAUAAUUUUCCCCUCGAAAAAAAAAAUGCAAAUCAGAAAAAGAAUAAAAAUGUAGCGCGAGAGAAAAAAAAUCACCCAAUUAUCCUAAAUAAUGAAGUAAUAAAAUGAGGAAAAGAACAAAUUAACUAAUAAAUAUUUAAUGAUAAGACACAGAAUUUUUGAUGAGAAAAAAGUCAAAGAAAGAAUGUCGAAAAAUGCUGCUAAUUAAAUGAGAAGAGAAGAGUGAAUAAAAAAAAAUCAUUUUGCAUGAAAAAUUGUGAAGAAACUGAAAAAAAUGUAUAAUCAGAAAUUUAUUAUUCCUUUAUUUAUCAUGUCAUUUUUCCCCAUUUUUCAAUCUUGCAAAUUAAUGUGCAAAAAUAAUUGAAUAAAUGAAAUGGUGAAGAAUGAAAGAAGGAAAUUCUACGUAUAAUAUUUAAAAAAGAAUAAAAUGAACAGAUUAAUUUUUGUCUAUUAAGUUUUCAAAAGAGAAAAAAAGAAGAGGAAAAAAUAUUGAUGGGAAGAAAAAAAAGAACGUGUUUAGGCGAAGAGAGAGAAAGAAGAAAGAGAAGAUAACAAUUUUUAGGAGAUUCUAUAAAUUUAGGUCCUACUUAUAAUAAUUAAAUGAAUUUUUGAAAGGAAGGAAUAUUGUCUAGAACACUGAUCUGGAUGAUUUAUUUGCCAAAAUUUAGUUGUAUUGACAGAAUUGCAAAAGAAAAGAGAGGAAUUUUCUUCAGAUCUGUGGCAAUUUUUCAUACUUCCACGCCCCCCUUUUUACAUUACCAACAUUAUUUCUCCGCCCUCCAGAACAAAUAAGAAAAAAAAAGAAAGACAACUCGCAAGAACAAACAAACCUCAGAUAAACACACUUUAGAGAACAAGAAUUAAAGUUUUAAAAUAACUGACGAAAAGCACUAAUUUUCUCGCAAAUGACUUGAAAGAAAAACAAA